GUCAAUGGUACUCCGCUCAGAUCAUGUUUCGAGGCUUUGUUCCUCAAUGCCUCUGGCUCGACAUCCUCCGAUUGCUUGAAAUUCUCGGAUCUUAGGGCUCUCUUAGGCAAUUAACGCUCACUACCGAGCGUGAGACGCAUGAUAAACGCUGACACGCACGACGUGGAACAGAUGGGCCGAAGACUCCUCAAGCUUCUGUCGACAGCUGGGCAAAUGUUGUGCUUGGCCUGCAUGGUCGCACUGUUCCAGCAUGCCGCCAGGAACCACAAAAUCGCAAAAGGUUCGAUCGUCUUAUUAACUCAGACCUGAAUGAAUCAACCCGUACUCAACUGCUCUACUGAUAUAUGUCGAAAUCUCAAGAGGUGAAAUUCAGCCAAAUUUCGAAUCCCUCUCUACGCAGCCGGAUGAUGCAUG